GGAGGAGUGCGUGGUGCCCAACGAGAAGCAGCGCAUCAGCGCCGCGCUGCGCUCCGGCGCCGAGGCCGGCGGCCCCGGCGGCGCGCCGCCGCGUGGCGGGCACCCGGGCGGCGGCGCCUGCGGGCGGCGGCGCGACCGCCAGGGCGGCCUGCGCUGGCUGUUCAACUCGCUGCGCGCGGGCGAGGGGCCCUCGCCCUCCGGCGGCAGCACCCUGCAGGACGACGAGCGGCGCAUGAUGGGGCGCCAGAUCAACGGCACUAGCGAGGCCAGCCCCUCGCUCUGGAAGCAGGGCUCCCUCAACCUGCCCACCCCCGACGACAGCGGCUUCCCCGCCACCCACCCAGACAUGUGCAUCCUGCGCAUACGGCGCAACCACCUGCUGGAGGAUGCGCUGGACGAGAUUGCGCGCCAGAAGCCCAAGGACCUGUUCAAGCCGCUGAGGGUGCACUUCAUCGGGGAGGACGGCAUCGACGCGGGCGGCGUGAAGAAGGAGUUCUUCCAGCUGCUGGUCACCGAGCUGCUGUGCCCCGACUACGGCAUGCUCAUCUACCAGCCCGAGUCGCGCACCUACUGGUUCAACCCAACCACGCUGGAGGCGGACGCAGAGUUCCUGCUGCUGGGACUGGUGCUGGGCCUGGCCAUCUACAACGGUGUGCUGCUGGACUUCCCGCUGCCGCUGGCGCUGUACCGCAAGAUACUGGGGCAGGAGGUGAAGCUGCGGGACCUGGAGGACAUGCAGCCCACGCUGGGCAAGAGCCUGCGCCAGCUGCUGCAGUACGAGGGGCCCGGCAGCGUGGAGGACGUCUUCUGCCAGAGCCUGGUGGUGGAGGUGCCCGGGUUUGGCGACACGCGCGUGAUGCCGCUGAGGGAGGGGGGCGCUGACAUCCCAGUCACCGAGGAGAACCGGCGCGAGUUUGUGGAGCUGUACGUCAGCUUCUGGCUCAACCGCUCCAUCCACUCCCAGUUCGAGUCCUUUGCCAAGGGCUUCCUCAUGCUGUGCGGCGGCCCCGCGCUGCAGCUGUUCAGCGCCACGGAGCUGGAGCGCCUCGUGUGCGGCAACCCAUUCCUGGACUUUGAGAGCCUGCAGAAGAGCGCGCGGUACGAGGGAGGCUACUCGCCAGAGCACCGCGUGGUUCAGUGGCUGUGGCAGGUGGUGGGGGAGCUGACGCGCGAGGAGCGCAAGCUCUUCCUCAAGUUCUUCACGGGCUCCGACCGCGCGCCCAUCGGCGGGCUGGGCAACCUGCGCUGCCUCAUCCAGCGCGACGGCCCGGACAGCAACCGCCUGCCCACCAGCCACACCUGCUUCAACAGCCUGCUGCUGCCCUCCUACCGCUCCAAGGAGAAGCUGGCAGACCGCCUGCGCCUGGCCAUCCUCAACUCCGAGGGAUUCGGGCUGGAGUAGGCCGGCUGGGGCACCGGCAGCGAAACACCGUUGAUUGGCCGGCGGUACGCUCGCCCGCCCUGCCAUGCCAUGAGCACCUACGCCACACCCACGCGAUAAGCAGCGCAAUCCUGCAACUUGCUAAUUUAUUCAAACCGCGUAUGAAUUUUCGUACCCCCUCUUUUUCCAGAGUUUUGCUCGCUAGACAUGCCCUGCGCAUUGCAGCGCAUUGCAGCGCUCCCCUACCCUGCCCUGCCCUGUACAAGUUCCAUCCCCCCCUCGCGACCACCCUCAAAAGUGCCCUGCUUCGGGUUGCAGUGGCCAACCCUCCUGCUUAACCAUUCAACAUUUCUUCCUCCGCCUGCACCUGUUACUUGCUAAUUGUAAGUCUCUCCUGACA